CCGGGCGAAAUAUUUCCAGCACAUAUCUAACUUUAUUGUGUUCUUCUAUUGCAGGUCAUCCCUCUGGGUGUGGUAUUAACGAGGAAGUGUCCGCUUGGAUGGACCGUGUCCAAAACUCUGCCGUAGACGAGAGCGAGGAACAGCAGCGACAGGAGGAAACCACCGCAGACAGGAACGGAGGUGAUUCGGCCCGGCGACGGAGCGCUUCGACCGCUGGCAGCGACAGCGCAGAUAACAGUGUGCAUAAUUUAGAGCGAGAUUUAUUCCAAAAAUCAUCAACUCAGCCAAACUAUAAUAACGUUAACGAUAGUGGUAGCACUGGCGCAAGCCAGAAUUAUUAUAACAAUUAUCGUAAAAUUAAUUCUAAACAGAACGUGAAUGCAAACAAUUAUACUCACAAAGGCAGUAGAAGCACUAACCGGGUCGAGACCGGGUAUGAGUUCAAAUUUGCUCACGAAAAGUAUUCGAAGGCUGCCAACUGGCGAGCGACGGACGAGAAUCCCGACGACCAGGAAUGGCACCAGAGGUCCCACGAAAGGGUCCGACGGGCAUUCCGCCAGAAGGAAGAGAACAAAAAUACCUGCUCACUCUACAUCCAGACAGAUCCGCUGAUCUGGCGGCACAUCCGGGACGGUAUCGCUGAUCAUGACCGGGGACGUAAGUCGGAGAUUGAUGAGAAAACUCGCGAGGAAAUCCUGUCGCUUAUUGCCCACCACGUGACGGCGGUAAACUACAUCUAUCGCAAUACAAAAUUUGACGGACGGAUAGAGCACCGGAACAUUCGUUUUGAGGUCCAAAGAAUUAAAAUUGACGAUGACUCCGCCUGCAAUGAAAACUACAACGGAGAAUCGAAUCCUUUCUGCAUGGAGAACAUUGACGUCUCGAACUUUCUGAAUCUACACUCGCUUGGGAAUCACGAGAUUUUUUGUCUUGCCUAUGUGUUCACCUACAGAGAUUUCACUGGCGGAACCCUCGGUCUUGCCUGGGUCGCUUCCGCUUCCGGUGCGUCCGGUGGCAUUUGUGAAAAGUACAAAACCUACACCGAAACGGUUGCGGGAUUGUACCAGAGCACCAAACGUUCCUUAAACACGGGUAUCAUCACAUUCGUUAACUACAAUAGCCGUGUUCCGCCAAAAGUUUCCCAGUUAACGCUGGCACAUGAAAUCGGGCACAAUUUUGGGUCACCGCAUGACUACCCAGCUGAGUGUCGUCCUGGAGGUAUCAAUGGGAAUUUCAUCAUGUUUGCCAGUGCCACCAGCGGAGACCGGCCGAAUAAUAGUAAAUUUUCCACCUGUUCGGUUCGGAACAUCUCCAAUGUGCUAGAUGCCAUCGAGGACAGCAAAAAGCGAAACUGCUUCCAAGCAUCGGAAGGCGCGUUCUGUGGCAACAAGAUUGUUGAGAUAGGCGAAGAAUGCGAUUGUGGCUUCAACGACGAGGAAUGUUCGGACAAAUGUUGCUAUCCGCGUGUCAUCGGCGAGGUGGAUCUAGGACUGAAUGCAACUGCCAAGGGUUGCACCAGAAAGGCACACACACAGUGCAGUCCAUCGCAAGGUCCGUGUUGUGAUAGCAACACGUGCAAAUUCGUUUCCAGCUACGCCAAUGUGACCUGUAAAGAGGAAACGGAAUGUUCCUGGAGUUCGACCUGUAACGGGACGACCGCCGAAUGUCCGGAACCGAAGCCGCGUGACGAUAAGACCAAGUGCAAUAACGGUACCCAGCUGUGCAUCAAGGGCGACUGUUCUGGGUCGAUCUGUCUGCUGUGGAAUAUGUCCGAGUGCUUCCUAACGUCCCACAUCAUUCCUAACAUCGACAAGCGUAAGCUGUGCGAGCUGGCAUGCCAGAACGGGAACGAUACCAAUACGUGCCGGAGCACGAGUGAAUUCGCUCACCUUUACGGUCUGCCAGACGGUGGUAUUAGCUUGCGGCCAGGAUCACCAUGUGAUAACUUCCAAGGUUACUGUGAUGUAUUUUUAAAAUGCCGUGCCAUCGACGCCGAAGGACCGCUGGUGCGGCUUAAGAACAUGCUAUUCAAUCCGAAAACACUGCAAACUGUCGCCCAGUGGGUGACGGAGAAUUGGUACAUGGUUUGUCUGAUCAGCAUUCUGUUCGUCAUCUUCAUGGGAAUAUUCAUAAAGUGCUGUGCGGUUCAUACACCCAGUUCGAAUCCGAAGAAACCACCGGCUAGGCGGAUCACCGAUACCUUGCGCCGACCGAUGAAUACGUUGAGGCGAAUGCGUCACCACAAUGGCCACGGGCCGAGAAGUGUUCCUGCGCCGCAUAAUGAACGUUCUCGUGGUGGUGGAGGUGGGAAUGCUGCUGGUGGAGGUAGAAGCAGAGGAGGCGGAGGUGGUGACGGUCACGGCGAACGUCGUAGUGGGCAACCGUCGUCUUCCACUGGUGGCAGUCGACCAUCCAAUAGUUCCAGAGUGCCAGCGCAUGGGUAUGGUGAAGGCAGAGGCCAACAAUACUAUCCACCGAAAGCAACUGCGCCACUGAUACAGAAUUAUAGCAGGAUGAGCAAUGCCGAGCUGUACGCCGAAGCCUAUCCGGACCGGAGCACGUACGGCGAGCUGCCCCGGCGUCACUAUACCAACAAUAAGGUCUGACAAGAUGGCCACCGCCAGCACCAGUCCAGUAGCAGCAGCAGCAGCAGCCAUCAACAACCAGACGGCGUGUCGGUCACUGCUGGUAGUAUCAGCAGCAACAGUGCAUUCUUCGAGAAUGUCGAGCGGAAAAUCCACUACAACUACAAUAACAAUAUUUAUAAGAUAUUUUUAUUUUUCUAAUAAGGAGAACAAAAAAAGAACAAACGACGUGAACAAAAAUAUUGAUUGAAAGCGAAACAGAAGCAGAAGAUUCAAGCAUGUACAUCACUCAAAUAGGAAACCGAGAAUCAAAUAGACGUUUUUUCUCACUAUUUAGAAAGAAUUAAGUAACUAUUAAAAUACCGUGAGAUCUUCUCAAGUAUUUGAUCAAAGAAGGAAAUGGUUCGUUUUCUUAUUGGAACUUUGGAAGCAUGAAACACUUUCUGAGCAGGCUAACAUUUUUUGCAUUUGCCUGCUUGAAAGCAUACAUCGGAAAGCCUAUGAGUGAAGAUAGGAAAAUAGAAACGUAUCAGAAAACAAAACGGAUGCAGAUAGAACCGUUGUUUAAAAAGGUAGCGCCCUCAGUCUGAGCAUAAGCAAAAACAAAACACGAGAAAAGCAUAAAAAAGAAGAGAUUACUCUCCUCCGGGUCCAGAAAAAAAGCGUUAAACAAGUAACUAUUGUAACAAAGAAAAGUAUAACAAAAUAUUGUAGUAUAACUGCAAAAGGUAUAAAGUUUUUACUUUCCUUCUGUUAUGAAUGUGAGUGUGGAACUGAACAGUAGUACUAGUUUAGGCAAAUGUUGGAAAAUGGGAAAUGAUUUCAUCCUCUGGUAGGUAUCAACGCAGAACUUUCCUCCAUAUGUAUGUUUUUGGUCGAUUGUUUUUCUCGUAUUAACUCUUACAUUAGGUGCGUCAAAAUAGACACAGAUGAAUUAGUUAGUUAGCCCUGCUACAAAUCAGACGGAAACGAAUAGAUCGAAUGCGUUGGAUAAAACCUACACAACUGAGAGGGAACGAGGAUGACGAAAAAGUGCUAUAUGUGAUAUAUAUUUUUCUAAACAAAACAAAACACUGAAUGGAAAAUGGUUAUUUUUUCAAGCAAUUUGAACGCGACAAUUGUUAAGACGAAACAGUCAAAGUAUUAUACGGAUUUGGUUUUGAUGGUCUUAUUGAUGCUACACUACUAUUACUAUUACUACGAUAAAUAGGUGAUGAAAGGAACCAUUCCUGCAUUUCUGCGUUAAAUUUUCCGUCAAACUGCCUACCACUACGAUAUUGGUGACUUUAGUUAAUGGAACAAAUUCUCCCCACUGCUGCUACAGAAUAGUCAUUAGCUUGAACUAGCAAAGCCAAAUGCUCAAAUUCCUCUUUGUUUUUUCAAUCUCAGUGAUCACCCGAUCGUUAAUGAGUGUAACCUGGAAUAUGUUAACAUUUUAGUAUCUCCUCUUUAUUUUGGGUGGCAAAAGGCGUUCAGUGAAAGCCAAUUUUCCACUAAAGAAAAAACACUAUUGUUAAGGUUGUUUUGAUUAGUCUAGGUCGAAAUGUGUAGUUUUGUUUAGUUGAACAUUGAUCCACCUUCGACUGUUCUUGUGUUCGAUUAGGACCAGUAUAAACUGAUUUAGUUAGUUAGAAAAUAUGUCAAUCUCAUUUAAAACCGGAUUUUUCCCGUUGCAACCUUUUUCCUAGAUACUAGGUUGCUGUACGAUCACUUUUUGUGCUGUCAUAUUGUACCAGUUAAGAGCAAACGAAAUUAUUCCAUUAUUAGUGACACCCACCGACGGGUGAGGGGUCGAAGUUGAAAACGGCAUUUAGAAAUCAUUAAACUCGAACAAAGCUUAAGGAAAGGGAAACAGCAGUCAAAACUGAUAAAGAAGAUAAUAAUCGGAAACUGAAGUGAAAUGAGUAUUGUUGUAAGUAGACGAGAUCGACACACGCGACACAUGCAUGCACAGAGUGAAGAACAUUAUAGAAAGUGCAGAAAAAAGUAAACAACGCGAAACGGAGAAGAAAACCAAUAUAUAUAUAAAGAUCUAUUUUUUAAUUUUUAUUAUAUACAUUCAUAUUAGACAUAUUGUAAAUUUAGAAGUGAUCAAGUCUCCUACCAGUAAAAAGAAAACAAGACAAAACAAAAGAAAAAAUACAAAAGCGUAAGCGUUAAAGCGAUUACAAACUACAACUCUUUGCAAACGGGAUUUAUCCAAGGUGUGAGUCGCGCCUGCUUGUGCGGUCGGCGAGAACGUGCGAAACCAGAAUGAACCGUGUGUGCGCGUGAGAGAUAGAGAGAGAGCAGGUUAGCAACCCGUAGACACAACUAGUACUGGAUCGUUUAUUGUGUAACACUUGUAAAUGUUUGUAAAUAGGACAUAUAUCUGCUGCAGGGCAAAUGAAGGCGCUGAAUAAAGGUGGAUAAGAAGAGAUCUAAAUAAAAGAACAGAAAACUGAAAA